CAGAUGUGGAAUUAUGUUACUUCUAGUAAAAUUUUAGAACUAAAACAAUAAGCCUAUGUAAAAAUAAUAUUAUCUUUCAGUCAUACGAUAGACAUGUUAAAUUAGUGAACAAGGCUAAGGCUACAGUUGAUAAUGGAAGCCCAUACAAACAUCAUUUUACAUCAAGAUUAACGAACAAAUAUUAGUAUUGAUAUUUA